CGAUAGAGCGGCGCAGCAGCAUGCUCCCCUGCCGCCAAUUUCACCACGAGACUGCUUUGGGCAAAGAGCUCUCGUUUUCUGUGGGGAAUCAGCGGGAAAGGGUUGCAGCGCAGCAAUUCACGCCGCAGGCCUUCAGUAGCUCCACCACGCUCGCCAAUAUCUUACAGUACACAUGUCGAACGGCGAUUCACCCACGAUGUUGGGUUGGUGGCUUUUCUUUUGUUCUUAACUUCUGUCUUGCAUCUUUCGUCUUUUGGCACAUUCGUUUGUUGAUUGUUGCCCCUUGGACGAGACACCAAGCAGUGCUUCAAGUCUUCAAGGUCAGGUAACGAGCGAUUGGGGACCCAUUGGAACACCACACAAAGAUGGAGAAAAACAACACACCACAAACCGGCCACGACGGGCUCAUCCAUAUCCCCAACCACCCACCAAACGCCGCCGAGCGAAACUCGACAACCUACCCUGAAGUCAUCCAUGUUCCACAAUCCCAAUCCUCCAUCCUCUCCGGCCGUUUGUCACCAUCACAACAGCAAGAAAACGAGAGCAACCUCCCCGAGGUCACCACCGAGCAGCCGCCGCUUCACCUCGAAAAGACCUACCCCGAGGUAGCCACACACGAACACCAACACCACCGCCCCCCACAGCAGUCGAGAUCCCCACCGCCAUCUACAGUCCAGUAUCUCCAAGCACAUCAGCAACAAAGCCCAAGUCCGGUCCCAACUCCAGCACCCACGCACACGACAUACACCGCCGGGCAAGGGACGAUAAUACCCGAGCCGAGACCAUCAGGCGUUCACUCGCUAGGAGACGCGUGGAGCAUCAACAGCGCGGAGGAUGUAGAGCGGGAUCCACAAAUAGGAUACAUUCCCGGUGCUGGCGGCGGCGGCGGCGGUGGGAGCGGGCCGAGGAACGGACACAGCCGGAACCCGUCGGAUCCGGACAGGUCCUUCUCCCGUGCGCGCAGCAGGAGUUUUGGGAAGAAGCCUCUGGUGAGGAGGUCGAUAUUCUGGGUGCUGGUGCUGCUCGUGGCUAUUAUCAUUGCUUUGGCCGGUGUGCUGGGGGCGGUGGCAACGGGGAAGAUAAAAACCUCUGGCACGGCAGAGAGUGAGCCAGUGGUUCAUCCUGAUGAUGGAGGGGGUUUCACACUGUCGACGGCCACCACCACGUCGGGGAAGACAGUUUCGCUUUCUUGCCCUUCGGCGGAUGGACUUGAUUACACGGUUACCGUUGAUAAUCAACAAAAGGUGUUUAGACGGCAGUGCGGGGCUAACUAUGCUGGCGGUGAUGGCGUGUUGGGUUUGGUAAAGGGCGAUGUGCUGAGUUUGGCGGAUUGCUUGGAUCGGUGCGCUAAGGAGGAGAAGUGUGCUGGUGCUGUGUUCAUUCCGAUGGCCAAUCCGGAUCCCCAGUGUUGGUUGAAGGAGUUUUUGGGUGUCAAGAGAGAGGGCCAGGAUAUGGAGAGUGGAGUCCUGUGGCAGUAAGGUCUUGACCUUUCUGGAUUGUUAUAGUGGGAAGAGUGGGAGACCAAGUAAAAGGAGCUUAUUGCAUACCCCAGGGGCCAUUUGAGAUACGUAUUUUUGGUGGUUAUGGAGUAUAGUGAAAGGGAACCGGGAAGAGCGUUUGGAUUGAAAUAAUUGGGUAUGGUGGGAGGACGAUCUGUAAAUAUUGCAUUUGCCAUGUAUAUAUAACCAAUCUACAACUUUCAAACUGCAGAUUAAAGCUCCCAUCUGGGUUUCUCAAG